AAGAGGGGUCUGGGGCGACGUGAGGGUCCCAGGGCUGGAGCUGGGAGGCUACAGGGGGUCAGAGGUGACCCAGCCCCAGAGCACCCGGGGUCUGGCCCUCGGGGGCACUGUAUGAGCCCCGGGGGAUACCCCCGGCCCUCCCCAACCCCAGCAUCUCUCUGCCACUGUCCCUGGAGUGGGGAGGCCACUGACUGUGGCCUCCUGCCUCCUGCCAGCCUCACCAGACAGCUUCAAAGAGAGUGGCGGGGGUGCUUUGUAAGCUGAUUCCCUCUCGGCCUGCCAGGGCCACUGGGGCCAUGCCUGGGAGCACCCCCCACCCCCCCGCCACCCCGUCCCCGCGACCCGCCAGAGACAGAUGCCUCCUUGCUCCGGGAACCCGAGGUGGCUGGGAGAAGACAGCCUCUGUUCAAUUCCCUGCUCCCUCUCCCGCCCGGGGUUCUUUCUAUGGGUUAUUCUGUGAGCACAGUGGAGGGGCUGGUGGGUGCAUUGGGUCUGUUGAAAGGUCCUGUGCUCCAAGGCAGGCCACACUCUGGUCCUGGCCUGGCCCCCGGAGGUCCUGGCUCUGUGUCCUCCUUUCUGGAGUGAGACCAGUGGUGACAAUGCGGUCUUGUCUGGGGAGAUCCCCAAGUGAGGGAGAGCCCCCAGGAUGGCCACGCUGUCCUACAGGACGAAGCAGUCCCGCGGGGUCGGGUCCCGGACCAGCCUGCCCACCCUGGUGCCCACGCUGGGCUGGUGUGGGAAGGGGCUCAGUCGAUCCCGUGGGGACCCUGAGGCCUGGGCCUGUUCCCCACAGGAUGGGGAACCAGAGUCCAGCCCGUCCUCAGCCCCAGGGCCUCUCCUACCUCGGGCCUGCACAUCUGGACCCAAGGCCGUGCUCAGCACAUGGGGAAGGGGGACACCGCCUCCAGGCAGGACGGGGCAGGAAGGGAGAGAUGCAGACACCGAGGAGAAGCCGCUUGGAGACGGAGCAGGGCAGAGGCUGGAGCGAGGCGGCCCCAGCCAGGGACGCCCGGGGGCCCCAGACACUCCCCCCACCCCCGGAGCCCCCACCCCCGGGCGGAGUGAGGCCCUGCCCGCCUUGGUCUGCCUUGUGGUCUCAGAGCUGGUGGAGAACACACUCGAGCUGUCCAAGGUGCCCCGGUGGCAGCGUGGCCUCUGGUCUCCGUCCUCCCGGCCCCCGCCCCCGGCUGCCUCUCGUGUCUUCCCUGACUCCUUUGCUACGACCACUGACCUCGGGCUCUAAACCCCACAUGCGCAUCUUGGCCAGGACCUGUCCCCAACGGAGGCCCCUGUCCGAGCACCCGGCACCAAGCAGGCACCUCCCCUGUGCCCGGUGAGCAUCCCUCUCGGUCUGGGGCACCCCCACCCCCCACCCCCUGCACUGGCUUCAACCUCCCCCUUCUUCAACCGCUGGCAAAUCCCACCAACUCAGACUUCAGAAUGAAGCCACAAAGCACCCUUUCUGUCCCCACCCACUAGAUUAUUUUGGGGGCCUCUAACUGGGCCCCCUCCCUGCCCUCACUGUGCUCUGUGGAGCGGCCAGAGCCCCCUCCCUCACUUCGCUCCAAACCUGCCUUACCACUUCGCACUGGCUGUUCCCUCUGACGAGAACACCCUUCCCUACGUCCCUUCCUGGCUGGCUGGUCCCCUCACCGCUUUUGCCUGCAGCUCGUCCCACGUUCCCAUCAUGCCUCUGGCUUCCUCGGGACUGCUCGCCCCCCAUUGGAAGUGCUGAUCUUCUGCCUGUGGGUCUAGCCCCCGUCACGACACUUUCCACGCGCCCUUCUCUGCCUUGUGGCCGAGUCACCCGGAGCGCAGGUGACGAGAUCAGCAGGCUCUGUCCUCGAACGUGUUUGCAGAGGGAUGAACUCACGAAGGGGGCAGAUGAAAACAGAGACACGGGAUGAGCGAACCCUAGGCUGGAGGCCGACAGCUCGGGCCGUGGGGCUGGGGGCGCGGGGACUCGGCAGCAAAGGGCCCGUGGGGCUUCAAGGCCUUCGACGACACCCAGUCUUCCGGAACAGCUGCACUGUUCAGGGGGCGCCCCAAGAAAGGAUCCCGCGAACCGAGGGGACGCCCACAGAGGCCUCUGUGAGGGGUCUCGGGACAGCAGGUGGAGCCUGGCGGCCUCCCAGGUGCCGCACGCCCAGACGUCGCCUUUCUGCCGCGGUCGCUUUCCCCGGCCACCCCGCCGGGCUCGGGACCCUCUGCCGGCCCUGCCUCUGGGGCCGCCUGCCUCCGUCCUUCCGUGGUUCUGCUAGGACAUUCUCUGGAAAGCCAGAGUGCGCACAGAACCCACCGCCACGUGGGCCACCACACCCAGUGCCCCACGGGGACUGUCAUUUCCCAGGACGCGGGGGCUGCGUCUGCGCGAGACUGUUUCCGUGCUAAAUAAAAUCAAGACUCUGCGUGA